CCGCCAUCCGCCUCUCCGCUCUUGAGCCGGUCGGUUAGGCUCUUCGUGGCCUCGCUCUCCCCCCUUCCCUUGCCCUCCCCUCCCGUACCCCUCCUCUACCCCACCCAAGCCCGGCUCCCCGGCGGCCCGGCCAUGGCGUGCGGAGCUACUCUGAAAAGGACUCUGGAUUUCGACCCGCUGCUGAGCCCAGCGUCCCCAAAGCGGAGGCGAUGUGCGCCAUUGUCGGCGCCCACCUCGGCUGCCGCCUCCCCGUCGUCGGCGGCCGCGGCCACAGCCGCCUCCUUUUCGGCUGCCGCCGCCUCGCCGCAGAAGUAUCUCCGAAUGGAGCCGUCUCCCUUCGGCGACGUCUCCUCCCGCCUCACCACAGAACAAAUUCUGUACAACAUAAAACAAGAGUAUAAGCGCAUGCAGAAGAGAAGACAUUUAGAAACUAGUUUCCAACAGACAGAUCCAUGCUGUACUUCUGAUGCACAGCCACAUGCAUUUCUCCUCAGUGGACCAGCUUCACCAGGGACUCCAUCAGCAACGUCCUCACCAUUAAAAAAAGAACAGCCCUUAUUCACCCUACGGCAGGUUGGGAUGAUCUGUGAACGUUUAUUGAAAGAACGUGAAGAGAAAGUUCGAGAAGAGUAUGAAGAAAUACUGAACACAAAACUUGCAGAACAAUAUGAUGCAUUUGUGAAGUUUACGCAUGAUCAAAUAAUGCGACGAUAUGGAGAACAGCCUGCUAGUUAUGUUUCAUGAAUCACAUUUUCUGCAGUUGUGGGCUGCCUUGUUCCUUGUUGAGUUGUUGCAAGAGGUCCCAAUUAUGACAUGCAGCAAUGCCAAUACCCCCUGUGAAUACAGGUUAUUUCAAGCUUUUGUCAGUGGCAACCACUCUUAGGCAGCAACUGGUUUUGGAAAUUUCCCUGAUGUCAAUACCACCCGGAUGUGGACAUUUGCUACCUGUAUUAAUGCCAGUGGCCUCAUUUGCUGUAUCAUUACAAUUUGGCUUCUUAUAUUAAUGUUUGAAAAAGAUUAAAGCUGGUAUUCUAAGAACAUGCCCUUCACUGGUUGUGUAAAUAAAACUGUAGAAUGACACUUCA